UAGUAGCUGUUCGAAUCACUAGAAACGGUGCGUUGCAGAACGCCAAUUGCCGUCCUAAUGCUGUGUCAGGAUUGUGUACGGCAUCCCUUCCUACUCCUCUGUCUUGGUUUCCAGCCAGCGGAUCUGAUUUACUGACGGUGACAUACUCGUUGCCAGGUCACUUGUCAGAGAGUGUUGUGGGCCACGUGACGCUGGGGGCAAAGACAGUGAGAAGAGUGAACAACAAUGUGAUCGUCAUACUCCCACAGAGAACUCUGUAUCGUGGCAACACAUUUAAGGCGACUGUCUAUGCUCAUGCUACGUAUGCCAUUGCUGGUUACAGUCUGCAGUUUCAGGCCGGUUCUGGUCUGCGUAUUGAUGGCAUUAUGAUUGACUCUGCUGUGUGGAGCACUCAGACAUCUUCCACUGAUGAUCAGAAUUUUGGUGUUAUCGGUCUGCUAGCAGGAGUUGACAAAGCACCAUCUAGCGUACAAACAGAUGAAACAAUGCUGUUGACGGUUAACAUUCAAGUGCUCAAUACAGCCACUCUAAAGGCUGAUAUUGUCUUUACUUGCACCAUCAAUUCACUAAGCAACGUGAAACAAGGACAAAUUCAACCGGGUGGUCAAGUGACUCCCGUUGGCUCUUUAGUGUAUGAUCGAUAUGGCAGCAGUAAACAAGGACAAGUAUAUGUUGGAUCGAAUGAAGCUGUAGGUCUAUUUGCUUACACUCAAGUGGCUCAAUUGUUGAAUACAGCUCUACUUGAUGGACAGCCAGUUAUGUCACGUGUUGUUGUAUACCAGUACAACUCUUUGGCUCAAAGUUUGACAGUUUCUAAUGCUGCUUGUAGCUUCAGUGAUUUAUCAAUUCUCUCCAUCAGUUCGAACUGUGAGUUUGUUGUUUUAUCAGAUUUUCACACUCAGCCGGGCAAGAGCGUUAACAUCAGCGUGCAAUUCAAUUCCCUCGUUUUUACAUUUCCCGUCUCGGUUUGGAUUCCUGAGUUUCCUGUGGUUAUUAUGAGCAAUGAUGUUGAGCUUAAUGUUAUACAUAACUGGCGAAGUCAAACACCAGAUUGUGACCAGAACUAUCAACAAGUUUUACUGACUGUUACUUGUGAUUGGACAGACGGGCAACAAACAGUUCCUUCAGUUGACAUCACGGCAUAUUCUCAGUCUCAUCUUAGCGUCUCAGACUCAACGGUUGCUACCGUUUCUGCUUCUAAAGUGACUGGUCUUCGUCCUGGAAAAGUGAACAUUACUUACGUUCAUCCCAAUACACACCAUCUACUUGGAUCUUUGUCUGUCACUGUUGUUGAUCGUUCAGUCACUGUGGUCGGUCUGGAGGCUUUUCUUGUCACAUCGUUAUCUCUUAUGUUGCCUGCAGUCGUGUCGCGCAGACCGUCUGUGUAUGAAAUUGCAAUCAAAGUCGAGUCUAAAUUGGAUUUUGAAGGAACUGUGGCUAAUGUUGUAUCAUACGUGCAACUUUCUGAUGGGUCUAUUAUUGAUGUGGAUGUCAGGCAUGGUCUGAGUGUUCGAUCUCUUGACCCAUCUGUGUUGCAAAUAGUCAACAACUAUGUUGUUGUAAAGAACUCCGGUGCUGGCGAUCUUAUCGAAGUGAGUUUGAAUUCUGGUGCAUGCUCGAAUGGCUCCACACUGGCUACAAGACUCAUUCCCAUCUCGGUCACUCUACCAUCGCCUAUUGACGUACAAGUUAGCAUCACACCGUCCACCAUUGCACCCCUUCAGGACGUGGCUGCAUUGGUAGGAACGGCAACUUCAGCCACUGUCACUGUCCAUCUCAUUUACGCCGAUGGUCGGCUACAAGAUAUGAGUGCUGACACCAGAACUCGCAUCACUGUUGCUGCGAACAACACUCUCCUUGUGAAUAGAUCAUCUGGGAGCAUUCAAGUGACUACAUUGAGUGCAUCGAAACCUGGUCAAGCUAUCAUUUUGGUGUCGUUUAGUCACGUGAAUGUUAACUCAUCAGCUGUGAUUGAGAUUGUGAAGUUCAGUCGUUUGGUCGUGACAGCUCACCCGUUUCCUGUCUAUCCUGGAUCUGAUUCUAUGAAUGUGACUCGUCUGAAUUUGAUAAGUACGUCUGGAGUAAGACAGCAAGCUGUUUUGUCUGUUGUGCUGACUCUGAGUGACAGUAACUACGUGGAUGUUUCGACUAGCAACACAGUUACUGUAUCAGUUGGCAAUGGAACGAUUCCUUCAUCAUUGAUAGGAAUUAGUUCUGUAAGCAGAAAUCCGGUCAGCAGUCGUUACACAGUCAAAGUGUCUACAGUGUCUCUGGUAGGUUCAUUGUCUCUUGAUAUUUCGUUUGCUAACCAUGACUGGAGAGACUCUAUCAGACUCGAAGUGACCGCUAGCCAAGUGACAAUAGAAAAUCUAGUUGUAGAUCAAUUUCCUUCCAACACGUUUCGAGGGAUCAAAGGACAAGCCAGACGACAAGUUACAAUGUCUUUACAUCUUUCAGACUCUACGCAGUUGCCUUCGGAUUACGUGAGUUCUACACCUGACUUGCUUGGACUCUUUAGCUUCGAGAGUUCUCAUUCUGCUCUUGUGGUUGACAGUAGUAGUGGUGUGUGCAUCUUACAAGACAACAAUAAUGAGCUGGUUGAUAUAACUGUGUCAACUCGUAACAGUAAUAAGAGCGCUGGUAUUAGAGUGGCGUGCAAUUUGGAUCCUGAUGUUGGAGAUGUAGAUCUCGGACAGUCUGUGGGACUGCCUAUUGCACCAGUCUCAGUAGGUCGAUCUUUGGUGGUGCCAGUCUACGUUAAUACGGGAUCAAACAAUCUUGGAUCAAUCGAUUUGACAGUAACUUACGACUGGACAAGACUCUCUGCUGUAUCUGUGUCCUCAGGUAUAGACUGGAGAGGAGGACUGUUUGAAUCGUCGCUCAAUGAUCCUCCUGGUGUUGUCAUACUGGGUGGUGCAGUCAGUGUCGAUGAUUUGACUGGGUCUUAUCUUCAUGUGGCAGAUAUACAAUUUAAUACAUUAUCAUCUGGUACUUUUCAUCUGCAAGGCCAGGUUAAUGUGUUGGCUGCCAAGGAUCUCGUUGGCUCCACUAUUGGAAUGCCUCAGAUGCCGCGACCUUUCAUUGCUGGUUCUGUGUCUGCACAAGUGCUGGGUGUCAGGAGACGUUCUGUUGUGUCUCUCAGUCUUCGACACGAAGAUCGAGAGCGAAGAGAUGCAAGUUGCUCUGAUCGAAAUCGAGGAGAUGCGGACGGCAAUUGCGUGUUUGACGUGCGUGAUGUUACAUAUACACUUAUCUAUUUAGCAGAGCGUUUGUUUGACUUCACAACAAGUCGUGGUCGAGAACUGAAAAACUCCAUCACCGACUCUAAACUAACCGAGAUGGAUGGAGACAGUAAUGGGGAGAUCAAUGUAGAUGAUGCUUUAUUUCUACUCAGGGUUAACUUUGGUCUCGUCUACUUUGUUUCUAACAUAUCCAUCAUUCCUGUUCAACAUCUAAGUUCGUCAUGUCUUCUUACAAUUUCAGUGUCCCUUAGCAGCAAGGGGGAAUCACCUGUGAACGUUGAGCGGACGGCUGUGUUUCUUAACAUUAUUCAUGAAUCACCAGAGUUUGAUUCUGCAUUUGAUAGAUCUGGUGUUGAACGAGGAUUACUGGUGUCGUCUUCUCCACCACAGGGUGGCAUAGUUAGAUGUGAAUACGACACUUUUCUUGAAUCGUUUGUGGCCGUUAUGAAUACUUCUUUUGCUCAAACGGACAUUGGCAUAUCUGUUAUACAAGUGACAUUGGAUGCGUUUAAUGGGACUUCGAGUGGUCGGUAUGUCCACAUGGUGGGAUUGUCUUCUCCUCCUUUCCGCUUUACUCAGCUUGUGCAUGCUGAUGUAGUUGUGCGGGGUAACCCGGUGCGCAUCAUCUCUUCUUCCUAUUACAAUCCGUGGCAAACUUUCAACAAUACUAUAAGAUCUUCUCAAUGCAGUGACGUGUCACUUGUUGAUUCUAAUUCUUUGUCUGUUGAUGUCAAUGGGCCAAGAGCGGUCUCUCUUCAUUGGGGCUACACUAAUGUCAGACAAGGCUUUAUUCCGACUGCCGUUGUUGUGUAUUAUGUGCGAUGUCCAAUGCUCUCUGGUCCGUUAUGGUCGUUGUCUACCUCUCAGUGUGAAACAUUUCAACUUCAAACGAGUGAUACACAAAUAACUAUACAGAACAUAUCACCCUAUUCGAACUACACCUUUUCUAUUGUUGGUCUCACCAGUAGGUCAAAUGAAGUUCAGGUCACAACGCCACAAGAUAUUCCUGAAGGCGUUGCUCCUCCAACUUAUCAACGAAUUAACGACACCGCAGUUAACGUAUCUUGGACGGUACCUCUUAAUCCUAACGGUAUCAUCCUCUACUAUCUGCUAUAUGUCAAUGAUGAGACAGUUUACAACGGCACCGCGUUGUGGCAAGUUGUUCUCACAAACGACAUCAAUAUCGACUACGUUUUUAGCAUUGAAGCAUUCACAUCAGCCGGAGGAGCGAGGAGUCCAGACACACAUCUACGUACCAUAGAGGUUGCUCCGUUGGAAAGUCCUGUCUUGGAAACUUUAUGGAUUAUCGUUAUUGUCGCAGUUGGUUGCGCCAUUUUAAUCAUCAUACUCAUUAUUAUUCUUAUUGCGCGAGCACGUGUUAGGAAACAGAGCGGAAUUGUUAAGGGUGAUUUCGGAGAAGAGACGGAUGCUGUGGAGCUGUUGCCGUCUACAGCAUUAAGUUGUUUGAGAAAUCCCAAGAUAGAGAAAGAACGACGGUUUGAAAGGAAGUUCUCUUCCAAUGACGCGACCAAGUUCUGGUGUCGGGAAGAAGCUCUUAUUGAAGUGUCCCCAUUUGAAGGUUUAGACUAUCCUGAUUCUGACGGAAGCGAAGCAACAACGCCAGUAGCUGACCAGGGGCAUGAGGACUGUGUGCUGGAUCUAAGCAAUUGGACGUUUGAAACACCGUUAGACUUUCAAGACUCUCUUACACGGAGUUUAUUGUGCGCAUCAGAGAGUGCCCAAGAGAACGACAAGGAGACGGUGAUGUUGAAGAGAAAGGAAUCAAUACGCAGAGAAAAGAUGGUGAGAGAAGAAAGAGAGCGUAAGAAAACUCUAGAAGCUCGAAAGAAAGAAGAGAUCAAACAAGCAAAGGCAAGAGUCCAGAAACAACAGAAAUAUAACAGGAGAGAGUCAAAGAAGAGAGAAAGCCAACUGAGAGCCAGCAGUCUUCUGAUGUCAUCUGAAGAUGAGAGUGACGGUAGAGAAGAGGUGAUGGCUUUCAGUAACUCUGACUUCCAAUAUGAUGAUCCUAAAUCGACAUUGGAGCUUUCAUCGUUUGACGCUAAUUCUCGUCGUUUUAGCCCUCCCCCGCUCGUUGUUAGUCCGCCCGAGAAAAGUACCGCUCGACCCCUUCCCGCUCCAACUAUCCUUCAAAACGAAAGAGCAUCAACUAUUGCCACAAGGUUACAAGAAAGAUUAAGAAGUGGUGCUGCAAGGAAAGAAUUUGAAGCUUUGCAGCAAGAAAAACCUCCAGGAACCUACUUUGAAGCCAACCUGCGAGUAAAUGCUUCCAAGAAUCGAUACAGAAACGUCAAACCACAAGAUCAAUCGAGAGUUGUUCUUGCUGACGUCGAUGAAGAUAUGGAAGGAUCUGACUACAUUAAUGCCAACUUCAUUAGCUCUCCUCUUCGAAAUCACAACUUUAUUGCAGCACAAGGUCCUUUACCUAAGACAACAGCUCACUUUUGGCAAAUGGUGUGGGAGCACGACGUGCAGUGUAUUGUUAUGUUGGCCAACUGUUUUGAAGCUGGCAAGGCUAAAUGUGAAAAAUACUGGCCCGAUCUGGGUGACAGUGUCCAACAUAGUUCAUUUACGAUUAGUUGUACAGACCAAGAUCAUACUAAUGACGUCAUCAUUUCGCGUUUUGUGAUCUCGUGUGACAAAAGUGAUGACGUUCGACCGAUUACACACUUUCACUACGUUUCGUGGCCAGAUUUUGGGGUACCAGAGAGUCCAGCUCCAUUCUUGGAACUUAUUCAAGCUGUAGGCGAAUGCCGCAGCAACUCAAAUAAUCAGGAAGCACCAGUUGUAGUUCAUUGUAGUGCAGGAAUUGGAAGGACGGGUACUUAUUGUGUUGUCGCAACGUGUCUGGAAAAUUACGAAAGUGGAGAACCACAGAUUGAUCUGACAAGUACAUUGCGGGAUAUGAGAGCUCAGAGAGCUGGAAUGGUGCAAUCUGUGGCUCAGUAUGAGUUGUGCCAUCAAGCCAUUGCUGAUGCUUUGUUGCAAGUUCCAACUGAUGAGCGAGGGAGGACACCAGUGAGACGUGUUCGUUGGUGUGAUGAUUUGGCUGGAACACCGGAUGCUGUUCGCCUGCAACGAUUGGUGGCUGCAACUGCACUGAAGUCUUCUCAAACUCCACAACCUCAACAAGCGAGUCUCAGUGCAGAAUAUGGUCAUAGACGUGGUUCUGUGGACAGUCCUUUACUGCAGAAACCUAUCCCAUCUUUACCUCAACCACCACCAUAUUCUGUGACUGACACUUCAUCAAUGGUUCAGUCUGAGCUUCCUCCUCUACCGCCUAAAAUUCAGUUUGCACUUCCAGAUCUUCCACCAAAACUUCACAGCAAUGUGUCAUCAGAGGGCACAAAUAGAGAUGUCACCUCCUUGAAGGAGAGUAUUCUUGAUCUUCAAUCUGGCUAUUCUUCCACUUCACAGAAAUUGGAAACUAUGGGUAGUGAUGAUACCGAUUACGAUAAUCAUGAUGACAAUCAAGUCAAUAAUGACGUUGACCAUAGCACACCAACUGAGCUUGCUAAGAAAGGAAUGACUUCUGUCCAAAAUGAAACAGCAGAUGUUACCAUUGAGAAGGAUGAGACCACAGACCAAAAUGUGACUAAAAGUGUUGCUAUCACUGCACCAGUUGUUAGCAUGGAUGAAGUUCCUGAAGACACCAGUGCAGCAACUGAGGCAGUGGAGGACAGCCAUCUCAGCAAAUCUAGUGGUGAACAAAAUGUAUUGUUUCAAGAUGAUGUGAUGUCUACAGAUGAUAGAGCAAUGCAAUCUGACAAGGUGCCAUCUUUGCACCUUUUGUCUACCCAGUCUAAAGAGUCAGAACCAAUUGGUUCUUUUUCUGAUGAACCAUUAACAUCUGACAAACAUUACAACCAACAUGUUAAAAUGGAAACUGUUCAAUCUCAAGACAUGAGUUCAGUGUCUGAUACUGGUGAAAGUGAAAGGCAGCAAACAGAAGAUCAGCUUCUUUUAGCAUCAACAACAACUGCAACUACAGCAACGGGUUCAUUAGAAACUAUAGAUCAGUCAACAGGACCAGUUGAUAAACAGGAAGACAUGAUGGUGGAUGUUGCUGAAAGUGGUCCUGUGUCAACCAGUAAGCAUGUGGGCAGCUUACCAGACACAAGCCAGUCAACCGAUUCACAAGCCACUGCUUCUGUAUCUGCUAGGUCUCCUCCUAUUCAACCAGCUAGCUUUGAAGAUCAUGUUGAAGAUCAUGUGCAAGCUGUAAAGAAACCUGUGAAAGCAAAGACAUUUAUUGGCGUUGCUCCGCCAUCAAGAAGUGACACUAAAGUUGGGAAAUUAUCGCUCAGUCGUUUUCAAGCAUUUAGUGCACCCAAAGUGGAAGCAACUGUUGUCAGGAAGAAGACAGUUCCAUACAAAUUAGUAAAACCACCGGCACCAGCGACAAUAACAACAAUUCAACCUCAGGAAAAUGGGGCAUCACAAACUGUUUUGCCUUUGAGUAGUAACAGUGAAAAACCUAAAGAAGAAACAAAUCAGGACACUAAGGAGGUGGUCCAGCAAACUGCACAACAAGUGACAUCGGCUAAUAAUCAAAGGACAACGCAGAAUGUGCAAGAGCCAGAAAAGGAGGUUCGACCUGCAUUUAAAAUUGGGAAGCUCAAUACGAGUUUAUGGGAAAGUCAAGCAAGCAGUUCAGGGAUAAAGAGAGCAUUUGAUUUGCCACUAAAGAAGGUGCCUGUUGCCUCAACGUACACGGGUCCUCGAUUGACCCACAAAGGUAGUUCAAGUACUCAAACUCGCAGUACUUCUGUAUGUAAGAAAACAGUGAAUUCAACUCUGCGUCAAGAUGAGAAAGAAACCAAUGCUUUGGGUCAGAAAUUUGACAAGCCAACUGCUUCUUCUAGGCAGGUGCAUGAUGGCAAACAGUCUGAAGAGGUCACUAGAGGUCAGAAGGUUGAGAUUCAAGCAAAGAAGGAUGUGGAGAAACCUAAGUUAGGUUCUGUGAGCAGUAGUGCCCAACGGAGAGAUGCUGAAAAAAGAGAUGCUGCCAAGGCUAUCGGAGAUGAAAUGCAACUUGAUAUUCCAGACAGUCCUCUUCCAACCAUUAGAAAGGUGACCACUCCCAAACUGGCGGGAAGAAAACACCAACUCAAAGAAAAACAAAGUAAGUUGUCAGAGCCUUCUCCAAGUAUCGAAUUGACUGAAGCAGAAAUGCAAGUGGUGGCUGGUGGAAGUGGGGGAGAUGACGACGAUCUUAUUAGUAGCUUGUUGGGCGUGGCUGCCAAUGAAGUUCCCAAAAAACCAAAAAUCACUACUGAAUUGACGGAUGAAGAGAAGCGAGUUCUUGACACUAUGGGACAAAAUGAAGGCAACGCUAACCUUGUUGACAGUCUUAUGAACCUUUAAUUAACAUGCUUGAGUAUCUUGUAAGUUGAAUACUGUUUACUAACUGAUAUCUACUGCGCAUGUUGGUCAGACAGAGUAACAAUGCGUGUUUAAUUUUUUAUUAAUUUGUGUGUGACAGUAGGCCUUUCCAGAGUAUUAUUGGAACUUGUGGCUUCAUAAUAUCUCUGGCCACACUUUGUAGCAUCUAGCAUCUAUUAUGUAAAGGCUAUUUGAAUAUGGGCUAGGUAACGUUAUUAACUUAACUAGAACAAUGAAUCUUUCCAGCAUCCAUCUAUAACAAG